GUCAAUAUGGCCGACGGCCUGUCAAUCGUGUGACAUUUCACUCACUUUUCGCACCCGAAAGGUUACGUUUAGACUACUGCUUUUACGAGAAGAGCGUGUUCCGCGAUCACAAUUGUAUAAGAGUGUAAACCUUGACACUGGUUAAUCCACUGGAACGAUUGAUACUAUAAAUAUAGUUGUGUGAAAAUUAAUUGGAGGAAUAACGACGCAACGCUGGCUCUGCUAGGUUGGUACAGUGGUACGCAAAAUUCAUCGUCCAUCGAUAAUCGCUACAGUCUGCAGCAAAAAAAUAAUUCAAUGGAUUUACGUUAAUCGUAAGAAAAGGAGUACGGAAAAACAAUCGAAAAUGUUUAACAAAAAAUUACAGAAUUUUUUAAUAAACAGAAUGAUUGUUUCUUAAAAAAUAAAUGAAAUAGAAAAAUUGAGAACAAAUAUAGGAGGUUAUUUCAAUUGAUGUUAACGUAAAAUGGGAAACUCUGGCUUGAAACAGCAUUAUGAAACAGCAAAAAAAACUGGAACAUUAAAAUUGUCACAAAGAAAACUCGACGAAUUUCCACAAAGUUUACUAGCUUUGGCGCCGCUGCUACGAACAUUGGAUGUGUCGGAAAAUAAAUUUGUUCAUAUUCCCAAUGAAAUUGGAAACUUUACGUUAUUGAGACAAUUGAAUGUUAAUCACAAUAAAUUAACCGAUUUACCUGAAGCGCUGGGAGCAUUGACGAAAUUAGAAACUUUAAACGCAAGUUCGAAUCAGAUAACGAGCAUCCCAUGGACUAUAUGGAAACUAACACGUUUAAAACAAGUCAACUUGUCUGAUAAUCAUUUGGCAGAAUUCCCUCCUAUGUUUUGUGAUUUAAAAUUUCUGGAUGUACUAGAUUUGUCAAAGAAUCGAAUCACCACGAUUCCCGACGCAGCUGUAGCGUUACAUGUGGUCGAACUUAACCUCAAUCAAAAUCAGAUAUCGACUAUUUCUGACAAAUUGGCAGAUUGCCCACGUUUAAAAACAUUAAGACUUGAAGAAAAUUGUUUGCAACUGAACUCGAUACCUAGUAAAAUUUUGAAAGAUUCAAAAAUUUCCGUAUUGACUGUCGAAGGAAAUUUAUUUGAAAUGAAACAAUUUGCUAAUCUUGAUGGUUAUGAUAAUUAUAUGGAAAGGUAUACUGCAGUAAAGAAAAAGUUAUUUUGAAAGAUUUCCUAUCGAAUAUUUAUU